AUUACUGCGAUUAUUGUGACCGAAUUUUUCCUGAUAAUGCCGAGGCUAGAAAAAAUCAUAUAGAAGGAGCAAAUCAUCAAAAUAACGUAAAACUUCAUUAUGAUUCUUAUAAAGAUCCUGUUGAGUUAUUACUGGAAAAUAGCAAGAAAUCACCUUGCCGAAAAUUUAAUGAAACUGGAUAUUGUCCUUUCGGUCUAAGUUGUAAAUACUCUCAUGUUCCAUAUGGAAUUGAUUUCUCUAUAGUUGAUCCUCAUCAACAAGGUGGACAAUCAUUACAACAAAGACCAACACCAAUGUUCAAAUAUAAGCUUCCAGCUGGUUUAACAUUGAGAGAUUUGCCACCAUCACUGAGACCUCCUCCGCCGAUGGGAUAUGAUUUCUCAAAAGCUGCUCAAUGGGGUAUGAAACCGAAUUUUAAUGCUUGCGGCAACUGA